AUGACCCCGGUAAAUGUUUUUUUUUUCCUGCUCUCACAGAAGCUGAAUGUUCCCUCUGGGCUCUCAGUCACGUCUCCCCAGAAGCGCGACUGGUUCAUUCACCCCCUGGGCAGCCGACAGGCCUUUCCUAUGUGGAUGAUGUUUGCCUCAGCCAUCCCUGCACUCCUGGUCUUCAUCCUCAUUUUCAUGGAGACCCAGAUCACUACCCUGAUUGUCAGUAAGAAGGAGAGGAAGCUCAUGAAAGGCUCCGGUUUCCAUCUGGACCUGCUGCUCAUUGGUACCAUGGGCGGGCUCUGCGCGCUGUUCGGGCUCCCUUGGCUGACUGCCGCCACCGUGCGCUCAGUCACCCACGUCAAUGCCCUGACGGUCAUGAGCAAGGCCAUCGCUCCGGGGGAGAAACCGAAGAUCGAGGAGGUGAAGGAGCAGCGCGUGACAGGAGUUGCAAUCGCUGUCCUUGUUGGCUUGUCCAUUGUGAUGGGCAACAUGCUGCGCCGGAUCCCCCUGGCCGUGCUCUUCGGGAUCUUCCUCUACAUGGGGGUCACGUCUCUCACCGGCAUCCAGCUCUACGAGCGUCUCCUCCUCAUCUUCAUGCCGUCCAAGCACCACCCGGACCACGUCUACGUCGUCAAGGUGAAGACCUGGAGAAUGAACCUCUUCACCUGCAUUCAGCUGGCCUGCAUCGUGGUGCUCUGGGUGGUGAAGUCAACAGUGGCCUCGUUAGCUUUCCCCUUUGUCCUGAUUAUGACGGUGCCCUUACGACGCUUCCUCCUGCCCCGCUUGUUUCAGGACCGGGAGCUCAAAGCCCUGGACUCUGAGGACGCGGAGCCGAACUUUGACGAGGACGGCCGGGACGAGUACAACGAGAUGCACAUGCCUGUGUGAGCGGCUGCUCCGCCCCCCACCCUGUGGAAAGCUGCUCGUUCCCAUGCAUUCUCCCUGGCUAAGGCCCAAUCCGAAUGGCUUUGAACUCAUUACACGUCAGAUGUUUUCCUGUCUGGACCAAAGAGCAGCUGUGUCGGAACCCUGGAGGGAGGUGGGCAGGGCCGUCCCUGACCCCACCCCUCAUCCACUCCGUGGAAGUGUGAGUCUGUCUCCACCUGUACCCAGCGGGAGACGCUUCUCGCAUCCAGAGGCUCUGUAGGGGCCUGCACUGCCUCGGGUCAUGGGUCUCCCUUACUGGAGACUGGGGGUUGCACUGGUACGCAGGUUAGCAAAGGGGGGCCAUGCAGCUGGGAGCCACCACCUGUCCACUCACCACUGAGCUCCGGCUCCUCCAAAUGCCAGCCCAAGCUCCACGUUCCACUGAGCCUGAGGCAGGCCUGGGCCCCGCACAGAGCCCCAGUCACAGUGCCUGGCCGGUCUCUGCCUGUGCAGGGCAAGACUCCAAGAGUUGCCUGCUUUGCCGCCCCCAGCUGGGCUGCCCAGCUCCCUUAGCGGGCACACAAGUGGGCUCCUUGCACGACUCCCUGCCACGGGCGGCUUCGCAUCUCAGACUGCCCUGCCUGGUUUGCUCACAGUGCUCCUGUGCCAUCCUGGGCUGCAGCACGGCCUGGAUGAUGGGAACUCAGGAGCCUGUGUCCAAUCUGCCCCAGGCUCUCAGUGCUACUGGCCCAUGCACCUGUGUCCCAACAGCAGGAGUUCAAAUCCCAUCCCCCUGCCUGUCCGAGUCCAUUCCCUGGUGCCUGUCCUCCCUGCUGAUCGCUCCAAGUUUUAUUUCUGGGGUGGAGGGGUCUGAGGUCAUGGGCAUUUCCACAGUAACCAGCUGUGAUGUCAGUGUUAAGGAUUGUGAUGUCUGCAGGGGAAGGAGCAGCAGGAGGGGCCUCCUAGAGCAGGCAGGGCUGAGAGGGCUUCCAGAGGAAGUGUCUCCCAUGGACCAUGCGGCGGGUUGUAGCCAUGUCAGUCCCAGGAUAUUAGAGACACGAGGUGCGGGAGGGAACUUUUAUUGGACCAACUUCAGCUGGUGAGCGAGCAGCUUUGGCGCUUACCCCGAGGUCUUCUGCAGUCUGAAAGCACCUUUCUCACCACCAGGAGCAGGUCCAGUAAAAGAUGUUCCCUCCCCCACCUUGUCUCCCAGCAGCAGGCAUCCACAGCACGGGUGUUGGGGUCACCGGGAUACAGCCUCCACCACAGUGACUGGGCCACCCAGGCCCUGGUGACUGGGUUGCUGUGGCUCCCCACCUCUCCUAUCCCCAUACCUGGGCCACCCACAGUGUCUGGAGGCACCUGAUAGCCAGAGCCCAUGGCACCCAGGCCUGUCCCUGGGCAACCUUGAAUGUCUUCCCACCUGGAAGGCCCAAGGUCUCUCCAGCCGUCAGGGUUUGAGGCCUCAUGUGGGUCGCUGCCUGGGCCCUUCAGAGCCCAGCUCUCCCUGCAGCUCUCGCCAGCGGCACUCACAGCCUAGGGUGGGGUAACCUGGUAGCUGCCAUGGAGCCCGAGGGUCACUGGUACGAAGGCUCAGUGGGGCAGGAGGCCCUGAUGUGACAAAGCCAGAGAAGGCAGGCGCCUGGCCCCUCCACACAGGCAUGAGAGGAAGGGGAACCUUGUGGUGCAGGCGCUGGCCUGGGAGUCCUGCCUCCACCAGAACUUCCUGUGGGACCUCAGCAAAGCCACUGACUCUCCCUGCCUCAGUUUCCUAUCUGUGAAAUGGGGCUGAUCCUUCCCUACCUCACGCGUGGGGGUGCUCACUACAGCCACAGGGCCAUAUGGAUACCAGCCUGGUGGAGGGCCGGGCACCUGCUCCCGCCGGGCCACAGCCUGGCACACCAACCGCCCCUGUGAUGCCAGUGAAGCCUCCUGGGUAAGAGAUGUGUGUCUGUGGCUGCGUGUCCUGUCCCUGUGUCGUGUAGGAGGCCUGCUGUUACUGCGUCUCUGCCAGCCUGGCUGUGCGUUGUGACUCAUCUACCCGUAGUGGAAAUGGCUGCACCAAUAAACCCUUCACAGGAACUGA